AUGGAAAGCGAAAACAACGCCGAGCGGCCGCAAAUGAGCGCGCCCCAGCAAGGGCAGCCUCAGGGGCAACUGCCCCAGGGCACCGUUUCUGUUGCUGAUGGCAGCGCAGCACUGUCUCCAACUCGCCCGAAUACAGCCCGCGGUGCUGUGGCAGACACGGACCAAGGAUCCAGAGCCAGAAAGGCGACGGAACUGGAGCGGAUGAGUCCGCAGAUAGCAGCCCCUCGCCUCCGUAUUGAUGCGCGCCGCUCACGCGCCCUUCCGAAUGCAGACUCCGCCGGCAAAACUGAUGCUUCUCAGGGCAAUACGGCUCCGGCGAAGAAAAAAGCGGCGGUGCCGCUCUCGUCCGAAGGCUGCUCCCCACGCUCUUCUUCCCGUAAGAAGGCUACAAACCAGCGACGAAGAAGAAAAGCCACAGCUGCAAAGGUGCCCUCGACUGGGAAAGCGGCACCGACAUCCUCUGUGCCGAAUACUGCUGAGCCAUCCGCGACGCCAGCUGCCAAGAAGGGCGGCGUCUUCCGGCCACCGGUCCUCCGGCCAACGGCCUGGCCUGGUUUUCCGGCCACCGGUUUCGGCCACCGGCUUUCCGGCCACCGGCUUUCCGGCCACCGGUUUUCCGGCCAUGGUUUUCCGGCCACCGGCUUUCCGGCCACCAGUUCUCCGGCCACCGGUCCUCCGGCCAACGGCCCUCCGGCCAACGGCGCUCCGGCCACCGGUACUCCGGCAGCCGGUCUUCCGGCCACCGGCCCUCCGUUCACCGGCCUGCCGACCCUGACCCCAACUACCCGGCCUCCACCGUCCAGGCCUCCGCCGACCCGGGCCCAGCCGACCCGAGCUCCGCGGACAUCCGGUCCGUUGACCAGGCAACCCGCUAAGCGAACCUUGAGCCCGGCACGUUUCGACCAAGAGCCCAGCACCAGCAGUGGGCCGAACGGUUCUGUCCGCAAGCAACAGCUUGGGCCUGCGCAGAAGAAACAGCGCUCAGCUGCCGCUCCGGACGGGAUGCAUCUGUGCAACCGCAUCACGAAGUUGAAGGUCGGCAGGAAGACCCAUCCGGUCGCCCACUGGAAGUCGACCGUACUCGAAUUUCGCCAUAUUGAUGUACCGUCUGACGCCGAGCUUUCCGAAGAAGAAGGAGAGCUGGAAGAUUUCGUGGAUGCCCGUGACGGGCAAAGUGGAUAUGUAGAGGCUCGUGAACGCCUGGAGAAGCUGCGUGAAGACAUCCAGCUGCGCGGCGGCAAAAGGUUCCGUUGUCCAUUUUGCGGCUUUCUUGCCGGCAGUACUGGUCGUAAGGAGACCGUCGCGCGUCACGUGGGCGGGAUUCCAGGACACGGAGGUCAGCGGUCGUGCUGGGCUUGGGCCACGUCGGAUGAUCCAGUCUCCGUCACGAAUACCUGCGGCGCUUCCCCACCCGCAAGGUGCAAUGGGUGA